AUGAAGAACACCGCCUCCCAGUCUAUGGUUGUUGCAACACUUAUAGCCACCGUAAUGUUUGCUGCAGCUUUUACUGUACCAGGCGGCAAUGACAACAAUACAGGAAUCCCAAUGUUUCGAAAGCAUAGUUCCUUCAUGGUUUUUGCAAUAUCAGAUGCCAUAGCAUUAGUCACGUCUUCCACUUCAAUACUCAUGUUCUUAUCUAUACUCACCUCACGCUAUGCUGAAAAUGAUUUCGUGGAAUCAUUGCCCUUUAAGCUCAUGAUUGGACUCACGACACUCUUCAUCUCCAUAACUACCAUGAUGGUAGUUUUUGGUGUGACAUUUUUCCUUGUUUUUGACCGUUAUAUGAUGUGA